AGGCAAAUUUUUGCUUGUUAUCGAUAUUGGGGGUUGAUUAUUAUGGGAUUAUGAUAAAGGUUAAUCCGCAAAUGAUAAUGGGGAAAUCGAGGAUUUAGGGAUUUGGGGAUUUUCUGUUUUGUGUUUUGUGAGGACAAUAUGAGCGGUGGGUACGGAUCAUCGUGAAUUUGGAAGCUUCGGAAAAAAGGGUUUAGUGUCAAAAACAGAGAGGAGAUAGAAAAAGAAAAGAACCCUUCAAAAUUUUCAAUCUUAUCUCACUGCUCCAUAGUGAAUAAUAUUUUAAUCCCUGCCUCUUUUUCUUUUUCGGUUGUUCGUUCCCUAUUUCUGGUGCUGUUUCUUUAAAGAAAUGGACGCGGUUCACUCAACUUGGAUUCUUCCAUAUCUUGUCUAUAUGAAUCCAGAACCGUGUGAAGUUCAUAAACGGAGAUGAGAGAGGACUGAAGAUAUGAUAAGUAGGCAAGCAGAGAGUGGCUGCAGAAGCAAAACAACAGCCACAGGCUUCUGUUUAUCGGACCGCGCCGCUCUUGUUUGUCGCUCGUGCGCUUACAAUUUCAAACACAGAUCUCGAGGCUCUUUUCCUCUUCGCUACAACAACUGACAUCUGUUUUGCUUUUACCCCAAUUCUUCUUUUUUUUUCCCUUCCCCCGCCAUUUUCUCUUAUUUAUGUAGAGACUGAUCUUUCCUCCCUCCAUUCGACUUGAGCUCGAUACAAAGAACUUGGGUUAGUUUUUUGGGUUUGUUUAUACUUUUCUAAAAGACGUGGCGAUUGACUCUUGAGAAGUUUCAUUUCAUUAGCCAUAAUCUUAGCCGGGUCGGUGACACUGUUGAAUUUUGCUGUUGCUUUGCGGUGAUCUCGAGAAUUGUUAAGUGUUUGGCCUUUGAUGUGGAAUACUGCUCCUCGAACAAGACAUGCUGAGCUCUGAUGGAGAUGCAGAUGUUUUCUUUGACUCAGAAGAUUACUUGCCAUUAGAGGAGGCUUUGGUAGCUGAAGAAGCGGAUUUCAGCAAGUUGGGAUAUGAAAUAUGGAUGAGUGAACCUCAGAGCAUUAAGAAGAGAAGGGAACGGUUUCUUCAAGAAGUUGGUUUUGUUGAAUUUGCAUCUUCUAGUACUUGUGCACAGGAUUCAGAGAUUGAAUCUAGUUGUUCAUCAGAGAGGAUGGAAUUGGAGAGACUUACAGAGUGUAGUGGAGCUGUCUCUAGCUCUGACUAUACACCUAGCUGUAAUGUGGAAGGAAAUGAUUUAGUAGUAUGCCACAAUGAGAUGCAAAGUGCUGAAUUUGACAACGAGGCAACCAAUCGACUGUCUCCUGCUUCCGACUCCAGCUUCCAACGGCCCCAAGGUGAAGCUAAUGUUGAAGCUUGCCAGGAUGUUGAUGUGGGUAAAAAGAAAAUAUUGGCAUGGUGGAAAUCAUUUAAGAACAAAGCAGCAAGACGAAGGAGUAUAGAUUUUUCUGGGGAAUCGGAAUUGAAUUCACCAAAAUUCCAAAGUUGCAGAAUGAAGGUGUACCAACACAAAAAGAGGUGUUCAGAAUUUAGUGCAUUGUAUAUGAGACAGCAGAUUGGUGCACACAAGGGCUUGAUUUGGACAAUGAAGUUUAGUCCAGAUGGUAAGUAUUUAGCAAGCGGAGGAGAAGAUGGAGUUGUACGCAUUUGGCAUGUUAGGUAUGCAAAUGCUUCUAGUGAGUUUUUAGCAGAUGACGGAAAUCAUAACACCAAAUCAAAAGAAGGGAAGUCUAGCAGCAAACGGUUGAGAUUUGCCACUGUUGUCAUUCCUGAAAAGCUUUUUCAGAUCGAUGAGUUGCCAAUACAAGAAUUCCGUGGACAUUCAAGUGAUGUCUUGGACAUAGCUUGGUCUACUUCAAACUUUCUUUUGUCAUCCUCAAAGGAUAAAACCGUACGCUUAUGGCAAGUCGGUUCUGACGAAUGUCUCGGUGUUUUCCACCACAAAAAUUAUGUGACUUGUAUCCAAUUCAAUCCAAUGGAUGAAAACUUCUUUGUCAGCGGGUCAAUUGAUGGCAAAAUCCGGAUAUGGGGUGUCAAGAAGCAGCGUGUAGUUGAUUGGGCCGAUAUCCGAGAUGUAAUUACUGCCAUAUCUUAUCGACCAGAUGGGAAGGGAUUUGCUGUUGGUUCUAUUACUGGCACUUGUCGCUUCUAUGAAGCAUCAGGUGAUUAUCUUCAUCUGGAUGCACAGAUCAACGUUCAAGGUAGAAAAAAAGCCUCGGGCAAAAGGAUCACUGGCAUUCAGUUUUUCCGGGAAAAUUCUCAAAGAGUGAUGAUAACUUCAGAAGACUCUAAAGUACGGAUAUUUGAAGGAACGGAGAUCGUCCGCAAAUACCAAGGUCUGCCAAAGUCGGGGAGUCAGAUGUCUGCUUCCUUUACGAAAAGUGGAAAACAUAUAGUAUCGGUCGGAGAGGACUCUCGUGUAUAUAUGUGGAGCUACGAUAGCCUUUGCCUUCCGUCGACAAAAGAAACAAAAUCUCAGCAGUCUUGUGAGCAUUUCUUUUCUGAUGGUGUGUCUGUUGCUAUACCAUGGCCUGGCAUUGGAACUGAACCAAAGUGCUUCAGUAACAACCAACCACAGUUUUCAUAUAGAAAGAAUUACCAAAGGGCUGCUUCUUGGACAAGAGAUACGGACCGGUUUUCACUCAGUAAUUGGUUCUCUGCCGAUGGUCUAUUCCGAGGAUCUGCAACAUGGCCAGAAGAGAGACUACCUCUCUGGGAUUUACCAAUUGCAGAUGAUGAAGAUGGAAACCUACAACACCAUGAUUGUCAUCAAAAGAAACUAAAUAGUCAUUGUGAUGCCCACAACGACGGAUCUCAACUCGAAACAUGGGGCCUUGUGAUCGUCGUGGCUGGAUUAGAUGGAACUAUAAAGACAUUCCACAACUAUGGAUUGCCUAUCAAGCUUUAGGAAUUCAAUCGAAGCUGUGCUUGAAAUAGCUCACUUUCCAUGAGCUUCCAAAAGCAGAAGAAGGCUUCAGAGAAGGAGAAAACAUGAAAUUUCAUGUGGUUGAUUCUUUAUCCUGUUUCCAAACAGAGCUAUAGAGGAAAAGCCUUUCGAUUUGUUUAUUUGUUUUUUUUUUUAAAUUGUAUGUUUUAGAGGUCUGGAAGCUUGUAAAUCUAAAGAGGCAGGCCAACAUUUUUGAUUGUUUAGUUUUUUGUGAAUAUUACCUGCCAAUGUAAAUGAAUUACACUUAGCAGAGUUUUGGUCA